UAUUUGGACUACUACAAUUCCUUUUUCCGUUCAAGAUGGCGGGUGACGAGUCUGGGGUAACGCUGGGCCAGCCACAUCUAGCGAAACAAGACCUUGGUAGUUUAGAUGUGAGCACACUGACUCCUCUAUCCCCCGAGGUCAUUAGCAGACAGGCUACCAUCAAUAUUGGUACCAUUGGUCAUGUGGCUCACGGGAAAUCUACCGUUGUGAAGGCCAUCUCGGGUGUCCACACUGUCAGGUUCAAAAAUGAGCUCGAGAGGAAUAUCACCAUCAAAUUGGGAUAUGCCAACGCUAAGGUCUACAAAUUGGACGACCCCAGUUGCCCUCGGCCUGAGUGCUACAGGUCCUGUGGAAGCAGCACACCUGAUGAAUUCCCCACAGACAUCUCUGGCACUAAAGGAAACUUUAAACUUGUCAGGCAUGUUUCAUUCGUAGACUGUCCUGGUCACGACAUUCUGAUGGCCACGAUGUUGAACGGUGCAGCUGUCAUGGACGCUGCUCUUCUUCUCAUUGCGGGGAAUGAAUCCUGCCCACAGCCUCAGACAUCAGAGCAUCUGGCUGCCAUCGAGAUCAUGAAGCUGAAACACAUCCUGAUCCUGCAGAACAAGAUCGACCUGGUGAAGGAGAGCCAGGCCAAGGAACAGUACGAGCAGAUCCUGGCCUUUGUGCAAGGCACGGUGGCGGAGGGAGCUCCCAUAAUUCCCAUCUCUGCACAGCUCAAAUACAACAUUGAGGUGGUGUGUGAAUACAUCGUCAAGAAGAUCCCUGUGCCAGUUCGGGACUUCAUCUCCGAGCCCCGCCUGAUCGUCAUCCGAUCCUUUGAUGUCAACAAGCCCGGCUGUGAAGUAGACGACCUUAAAGGGGGUGUGGCUGGUGGGAGUAUUCUGAAAGGAGUGCUGAAGGUGGGCCAAGAGAUCGAAGUGAGGCCUGGUAUCGUCUCCAAGGACAAUGAUGGCAAGCUGAUGUGCAAGCCCAUCUUCUCCAAGAUUGUGUCCCUUUUCGCAGAACACAACGACCUUCAGUAUGCUGUGCCUGGUGGCCUGAUUGGGGUGGGCACCAAGAUCGACCCGACGCUGUGCAGAGCCGACCGCAUGGUGGGGCAGGUGCUGGGCGCCGUCGGGGCGCUGCCCGAGAUCUUCACCGAGCUCGAGAUCUCGUACUUCCUGCUGCGGCGGCUACUGGGCGUGCGCACUGAGGGGGACAAGAAGGCGGCCAAGGUUCAGAAGCUGUCAAAGAACGAGGUGCUGAUGGUUAACAUAGGAUCUCUGUCCACUGGUGGUCGUGUGAGUGCAGUUAAGGCUGAUCUGGCCAAGAUUGUGCUCACAAACCCUGUAUGCACAGAAGUAGGAGAGAAGAUUGCCCUCAGUCGCAGAGUGGAGAAGCAUUGGCGUUUGAUCGGUUGGGGACAGAUCAGGAGAGGAGUGACCAUCACACCCACAGUGGACGACGACUGAGACGUUUGCUGAGACUGUGUGUGUGUGUGUGCAUUGGAAGGCUUUUGUCCCCCAUCAACGAGACAACAUACUUAUUAAACCAUUUUCCAACACCGUGCAGCCGGUGAGCUGCAGAGCUCGGGGCAGGGGGGGGGGUCGUCUCUCAGGAGGGGUGGAGAGGGGAGAGGGGAAGGGUCUUGGGUUGAGAUGAAAUGUGAUCUUGAUGGCAAGACUGGCCCGAUUUCUACAUGCUACCCAAAGCUAAUGGCAGGGUUUCACAGGUUUGACAACUAUAUAGUAAAACAUCUUUCAAUUAUAUCUAAUAAAAUGUUUUGGAUCAAA